AUGCCCAUCAGCAUCAGCGGACGGCGCCUCGUCGCCUUCGUCCUCGCAAUCCUCGCGUCGCUCACGCAGGCCACCCCGCCACCGCUCUUGGGGCCGUCCGUCGACGUGACCCAGUGGACCUGCGUCUCGUCCGAGUCGCGCUACGUCACGGCGCGGCUCACCAACGGCAACCACAACCUCGAGUGCGUCACGACCAACGCGACGACCGACGUGUGUCUCUUUGCGUCGCGCGCCGAGUCCUGUCCGUCGCCGACCGGGUUCAUCUACUCGUGCACCGACUACACGGUCGGGUCCCGCGACCCGACACCGGCCUGCGUCGCGCUCUAUAGCACACUUCUUCGGGGCGACGCGCUCUCGCUGCGGGCAACGGCCCUGUACUUCUACUACAAUGGUCUAACGUGGGGCGUCCGCAUCGUGACAGCGCUCGGUAUGGUGCUUCUCGGCGGCGCCUCGGCCACGCACGGCUAUUACCUCUUCCGGCUCCUUCUCGUGCUCUACGGCCUCGUAGCCUUCUCGCUCGCGUUUGCGUCGCCGCUCGACUGGAUCGACAACUCUACGACCGAGACUCUUCUUUGGGUUGGCGGUGCUAUUCUCUUUGGCCUCUUUUGCGCCGCCUUCUACGCUCUCGCACGGCUCGUCACCGGGGCCAUCGCAGGCGCGACGCUGGCCAUGCUCGUCUUGGACUACGUCCACCUGACGCCGACGUACAUGACCCUCGCCGUGUCUGGGGCAGGUGUUGUCACCGGCUUGAUGACGCUGCGUUGGCCGCGCCCGCUCCUGCUCUUCCACACGGCGUAUCUUGGUGCGAUCGUGGCGGUCUAUGGCGGUACGUUCUUGAGCUAUGCGAUUCCCAACGUGACGCACACCGUGUUUGACGUGGAUCCCGUCCCGACGACGUGGACAAAUGUGUUUGUUGGCAGUCUCUUUCUCCUCGCGCUGCCGCUGCAAGUGUACUACACGGCCAAAGACGUGGUUCAUGGCGAGACGCCCUUCGAGCGAUUGGCGCGAAAAGCUAGCGCGUCGACUGCGUCACCGGCGUACUCGGACGUGCUCGAUCCGUCCGUGGUCGCGGCUCAGAUGGCGGCCAAGGAGCACUGGUUCUUGCAGUGGCUCGCGUGGUCGCGACGAUAA